AUGAACGAUCAUUCUGUCCUCUUUGAUUCAACCACCUAUUUUGUCUGGGGGCUCAUUUCUGGGAGAGGUCAAGCAAGCCCUCACACUGAAGAUAUCAUGGAGAAAACACAACACGCCUACGCGGCCUCAAAGAGAGUCCAUCAAGACUACACGCGGAGGAUAGCUAAUCAGGAGUCAACCACCGGAGCAAGAGAGGUUGCCAAGUUGCAGUUGACCGUCAAAUUAUCACGCCUCAUUCUUACACUUGCCAAUCGUGAAGUUCCAUCAGUUGAGGGUAUCUCAGAUGAUUAUAAGGAUUAUGACAACCAUCAAGAUCUUCAUGAGGUAUGUGCGUUUGAAGCUAUGUGGUACCAAGUGUGCAACCAAGGCUGGCUUGACGGGUUCAUCCCUUUGCCCAGUACCCAGCCUCAACCGAAGACAGAAGUCAAUAUGACCAAUGCCAUGUCGGUGACUCGCUUCCUGACAGCAAUUGAGAGAGUGCAUGACAAUAUUCGGGUUGAGUCAGACGGAUACUUAAUGUACAUGAUGGCAGCAGGAGCAGCAAGUUGCCAUUCCGCCAAGACUAAACCACAUCCAGGAAGGUUAUAA